UCUGGAAACUUGAAUUGGUCGGGCGGCCGACCGGAGAGUGACAGAGUUACGGGAAGGCAGAUCAGAAAGUGCCUGUGACCGCGCUCCCUGCUCCCCAUACCCCCUCCUCCUUCUCCUCCUCCUCCUCCCACCCCCCCACCCGCCGCUUUCUCCACACCAGCUCCUGCUCGCGCGCUCCUACCGCGGGACAGACGUGGUGGCACGAGACUCGCGACACGCUCCGACACCGGUCGGCUGGCCGCGGGGCAGGAAAAAGGUGGAAUUAAACUAAAUUCAAUUGACUGGAGAGCGAUGCUCUGGCAGCAUGGCCAAGUGGUUCAAGGAGCACCUGGGAUUCAAAACUACCAAAGCACCCCCUCCGGCGCCUCCGAAACCGGACUACAGACUGUGUCUCACCGGCGUGCCCGGUGCGCCCGGCUACCAGCAAACCGGCUGCGGGGUCAGCUUCGCGAGCCCCGCGCAGCCGGACAUCCUCGCUGCCUACAAACUGCAGAAGGAGCGGGACUUCGAGGACCCGUACACUCCAGGUGGAAACGUUUCGUACGGCUCGGGCUUGAACAGCGGGGGGUCGCCGGACAUCAAGUACGUGUCGCCGAAACACCGACUGAUCAAGGUGGAAACAAUCGAGAAGAGCAGCCCGGCUCCGGGCGGCGGAGUCACGGUCAGCCAAGCUGUUGCUGUCGGCAGCGUUAAAUCCCCAACUUCGCCUCCGUCGGACCACGACACCAAGGAGAAGCCCAACAUCCUCGAGGACUACGCGGACCCCUUCGACGCCGAGCAGACUGGUGGAACUCAGACCAGCACGGAGAAGGUGUCGACCGAGAACGAUGGCUACAUGGAGCCUUAUGAGGCGCAGAAGAUGAUGGCAGAAAUACGAUCCGGAGGGCGAGGAACCAAGGACGGGCCGGCGAGGCAGCUGCCCCUGUACGACACGCCGUACGAGCCGGCCGAGAACGGCGGGGACUCCGACCCCGAGAACCCGCGCUGCCCCCGAGAAAGCCGGCUGCCCCAGGACGACGAGCGACCCCCCGAGGAGUACGACCAGCCCUGGGAGUGGAAGAAAGAGAGGAUUUCCAAAGCAUUUGCAGCUCUGCUUUGUUAUGACUGCAUUAGCUACGAGGGUUCUGUAAGUGGCACUGGAUCAGGUCCCCACGGAGGAAAGGACUGCACUUCUAAAUCCCUCACAGUAGAGAUUAAAGUGAUCAAGGACCUACCCUGGCCCCCUCCUGUGGGGCAGCUCAACACCAGCCCUCCCCUGGUGGAGGAGCUGGAGUCUCCCUCCCAGACAGCUCAGCCCUCGCCAGGACAGACAAGCUGUGACCUGCACCACCAUGUCCAGUUUGAUGGCGUGGAGAAGUCCCGAAUGUCGCCCACCAAGGAGGGGAAAACGCGCCCGCUGCAGAGACACUCCAGCGGCUGUCUGGUCAACACCAAAAUGUCUUCACUGGACCACAGCAGCUCCUCUCUUGGGGAGCGUAUUGACCCCAGCAUGCCGCUGGAGAGCCAGUUCUGGUACCACGGAGCCAUCAGCCGAACAGAUGCAGAGUCUCUGCUCCGGCUGUGCAAGGAGGCCAGCUACCUGGUGAGGAACAGCGAGACCAGCAAGAACGACUACUCCCUCUCCCUUAAGAGCAGCCAGGGCUUCAUGCACAUGAAGCUGUCGCGGACAAAAGAGAGCAACUACAUCCUGGGCCAGAACAGCGGCCUUUUUGACAGCGUGCCGGCGAUCAUCCAUUUCUAUUCCAGCCGGAAACUGCCCAUCAAGGGAGCGGAACACAUGUCUUUGCUCUACCCUGUGGCCAUCAGGACACUAUGAGGGCCCCGGGUCACCUGAAGGCGCCGUCGCUUCCCGUCCCUCUGGACGGAACCCAGUUGGCUCAUGGGAAAAGCGCUCCUCGCUCACCCGGCCCAGGCCGACCUCUUUAGAAGGCCCUCCUGCACACUAUCGUACGCAAACAGACUCAACGUUGCAGAAGGCUUUAUCGUUUUAUCUUGUUUUAUUUAUGAGGGACACCCGCCCCAUUCACCGCAGACUGACUAUCUGAUCAUUUCAUUGAUUCUUGAGCUGAUUUCUCUUAGCACUUAACACUACAAGAAAGGUACAACAUUGUAACAUUUGUCUCUGGAGUGCACGCCGCGAGAAUCGUAUGAACGACUUUGUUUGACUUUGCCCAUUUGGUUAGGCUCCCUCGACGCUGCCAUUGUUCGUCCGGGGGACUUGAAGAUUGUAAAGGAAGAGACAUUUACGAUGCACGUUGAGGGCUAUCGUCCACGCGGGCCCCGUACGGCGGUCGGGAUGUCGAAUAAACCGGCCCGGCGCGUGAAUGGCGAGUCCCCGGCCGCGCUGGAGGCUGAUCUCUCCGUCUGUCACAUGGCGUGCUGUCUGCUAUCCAUCACACCAAUGGCAGUGUAAGUGCCGUGCUGGUGAGACAGCCACGGGAUCAUGAUGGAUGGGUCGACCCAUCUGACACAGUACAAUUGGCCGUGGCUGGAGACCAGAGCCCGUCCAAAUGGAGCAAAUAUGCGCCCCCCCCCCCCCCCCCCCCCCC